AAACCCCGCGGACCCCCGGGGCGCUCCGACGCCGGGAUUAUCGGCUUCCUAUUAUUGAUUUAAAGUGCGAAUCAGGGGAGGGGGAUGCGCCCACUUUCCGGACGGUCGAUGAGUCGUGGAGGAGAGCGUGAAGAUGCCGGCUUCGCACCGGGUCACUUUGAGUGUAGAGGGAGUGAAACCAUAAUGUUUAACCUCGUUCAUCGUCAGUUCCGGGUCCUGGUCGGUAGCUGCAUCGAACUACCUUCUUACUCUUAUUCCAGUUCUUCUUUUCUUCCACAGCAGGUCUCUCUCCCUGCGCAACUUGCACUUGAUCCUUAAAGUAAAUUGUCAUCGCUUCGCGCUGAGAGCCGGAUUCCUGUCCCCCUCCUCCCUCUAAACGGAGGACCAGCAACGUGCUUUGAAUGUCGAGCAGACUUCAACUAAUACUGACUUCCCUUUUAAUGCUGGUUUGCAUCGUCCGGCGCGCUGAUCUGCAAACUCGGCGGAUGGUAUUUUCGAGACGAUUUUUCAAGCAUUUACGCGCUUUGAUCGCAUUAAAUCAUCCAGGGAUCUCAGUUUCAUUACCAGUUGCUUCUUUUUGGCACCUCUUUUAUUUCCUUCCUACGAUCAGUGAAAGAAACGUGCGGGUAUGAAGUCCCGAUAAAAACGCCGUGUGACAAAUUGGCGGUCUUUUGUCUCGGCGUGCUUACCAUUUCGGGGGUAAACUCAUGGCUGCUCUCUAUCAAAGAUUUACCGGGAAGAUUAACACCAACAGAUCCUUCCCAGCUCCACCUGAGGCCAGCCAUCUGCUUGGCGGAAAUCGAGCCGAUGAGGACGGAGCAAGACCGAACUCGGGCCCCUCACAGGGCGAUCUCCCCCGGCUCCCCUAUCGACGGCGGGGGGAACGCGAAGAUGAGGAUGAGCUGGUGGGCAGCAACCCCCCACAGCGGAACUGGAAGGGAAUCGCCAUCGCCCUGCUCGUCAUCCUGGUUAUCUGCUCCCUGAUAGUCACCUCUGUCAUCCUGCUGACUCCAGGUGAGGAUGACAGCCUCGCUCUCAAGCAGAAGGUUUCUGUGGAGCACAUUUUCAGCAAGGAGUUCAACGUCCAUGACCCCGACGCCAAGUGGAUUAGCGGAAAUGAGCUGCUGUACCGCACACGGGAUGGGGACGUGGUCCGGCUCAACGUUGAGACCAAAGAGAAGACUGUUUUGGUGGAGAACAAGAAGUUUGAAAUGUACAAAGCCAGCAAGUACCAAGUCUCCCCAGACAUGAAUUACGUGCUUCUGGCCUACAACGCUGCACCGGUGUAUCAGCACUCCUUUACAGCUUUCUACAUCAUAUGCAGCUUGAUAACCCCCGAGACGUGGAACCUUAACCCCCCAGAGGUGCGCAAUGCCCAGCUGCAGUAUGCGGGCUGGGGACCUAGGGGCCAGCAGCUGAUCUUUAUAUUUGAGAAUAAUAUCUACUACCGGGCAACCGUGGAAAGCCGGUCAAUACGCCUGGUGUCGUCAGGAAGGGAAGGAGUGAUCUUUAAUGGCCUGAGUGACUGGCUUUAUGAAGAGGAGAUCUUUCAAAGCCACAUCGCCCACUGGUGGUCUCCAGAUGGUGCCAGGUUAGCAUACGCCACCAUCAAUGACACGCUCGUCCCCAAGAUGGAGAUCCCCAUGUACACCGGCUCCCUCUACCCCAUGGGAAAGGAGUUCCAUUACACUAAAGCUGGGGAGGAGAACCCGCAGAUCCAGCUGUACGUGGUGAACCUGAAUGGCCCGCUGCACACCAUGGAGAUGAGAAGGCCCGAGGACCCCAGGAUAGGGGAUUUCUACAUUACCAUGGUGAAGUGGGCCACUAGCACCAAGCUGGCCGUCAAUUGGCUGAACCGGGCCCAGAAUGCUUCCAUACUGACUCUGUGUGAGGCCACCACUGGCGUCUGCACCAAGAAACACGAGGAUGAGAGUGACGGCUGGCUGCACAGACAGAACGAAGCCCCGCUGUUUUCUAAAGAUGGCCACAAGCUGUUCUUCACCCGGGCAGUUUUCCAGGGCGGGAUGGGCAAGUUCUUCCACAUCGCCAUGUCAUCUUCACGGCCCAACGCCACCACCGACAACCUGCAGUUCAUUACCUCGGGUGACUGGGACGUGACCGAGAUCCUGGCCUACAGUGAGGAGCGUCAGGUCGUAUACUUCCUGAGCACCGAGGACGACCCAAAACGGAGGCACCUGUACAGUGCCCACACCGUCGGCCACUUCAACCGUCGCUGUCUGUCAUGCGACUUCAGCAACGACUGUGGCUAUGUCAGUGGCUCCUUCAGCAAGGACAUGCGCUACUUUCUGCUCAACUGUAAAGGCCCUGGAGUCCCCUUUUCCACGGCGUACAGCACCGACGAGAAGGAGAAGGUCGUCGACCUGGAGAUGAACGAGGACUUGCGGAACACUCUGGAAUCCAUGCAGAUGCCAAAAAUGGAGUACAGGGAAAUAACCACUGGGGACUACAGCCUGACGAUGCAGAUCCUGAAACCGGCUGGCUUCCUGGACACGGCUCAUUACCCCCUGCUGCUCCUGGUGGAUGGCACACCAGGGGGGCAGACGGUGAGCGAGCUCUUCCAGGUGGACUGGGCCACCGUGCUGGUGAGCAGCUUUGACACCGUGGUGGUCCGCUUCGAUGGCUGGGGCAGCGGCUUCAGAGGCUCCUACCUUCUGCACAAGGUGCAGCGCAGGCUGGGGGUGUUCGAGGAGAAGGACCAGCUGGAGGUGCUCAGCAAAAUAUCCGAAGAGUUAUACAUCGAUAAGACCCGUAUGGGAGUCUUCGGAAAGGUUUAUGGUGGAUAUUUAAGCAGCCUUCUCCUGAGCUCUGAGGAUUCCUUACUGAAGUGCGGAGCAGCAGUCUCACCCAUCACGGACUUCGAAUUAUACGCGUCCGCAUUUUCGGAAAGAUAUUUGGGACUUCCGAAGCCAGACCCGAGAGCAUAUGGGAUGGCAAAUUUAGCAAACCGUGCAUCGCAGUUUGAAGAUAAGAAGCUCUUGAUCAUUCACCCAACAGCUGACGAGAAAGUCCAUUUUCAGCACACCGCCAAAUUCAUCAGCCACCUCAUCAACGAAAAGGCGAAUUACACUUUACAGAUCUACCCAGAUGAGGGGCACUACCUGCACAGCAAGAGCACCAGGCAGCACGAGAGCCAGUCACUGGUGAACUUUUUCGAGGAGUGUUUCCGGCUCCCGGACAAGGCCUUUGAGGAGAGACUGGAGGAGGAGAACGAGGAGGAGGGGUAGCUGCAGCGGCCCCACGGGGGGGUCCACCCUGAGCCAGCCGCUCAAUAUGCAACCAGCCGGUUCGUUCCUCUUUCGACUUCUCGAGAGUGCCCCCCACCCUGCUAGUGGCGGCCUGCCUCACUACCCCCCUUUCUCAUCCUUGGCCUCCGAAGAACCGACAGCAUCAGCAAAAGCGACAUCCUACCGCUUCUCCCCCCCAUGGUUCUCCGGACCAAACGGAGCAUGUUGAAGGACCUCACUGGCUUAGGUCGACCCCGUGCCGUUGGUCCUAUCUAUCGGAUGGCUUCAGACACACCCACUUCCUGCUGAGCAUCCCCUUCCCCGCCCAACCAUUCGCUUACAAAUCCACAAAAACGAACGCAGGUUUUAUAGCACAAACAUUUGGGUUGAAUGUCGGGACUCUUUCUGCAGAGUCUUUAAAAGGUUACUGAAAUUCUGAAGUAUAUGGGGGGCUUUAUAUGACCGGGUGGUACGAUUUUUAAAUCAUGAUGAACUUUCCACCUUUGACAGUGUUCGUGUCCAUCGUUCUCAUGUAAAGUAGCACACUAAGCGUCGUUGACCCCCCUCUGUUUAUUUCCUCUCCUUCUCAGUGUUUGUCCUGAUCUUGGACUCUUUGUGGCCUCAAGCGUACGUCGCAGUGAAGUUCCAUUGGACUGACAUCAUUCCAGUUGCUCAGAUGGCGGAGUCGUUUAUUUUCAAUCGGUGUCACGGCCGUGUGGUCCGACUGUUUCUCGCCAGCCUCUCUUUCCCGCGGCGCAGAGUCUCCGCCGUGUCACGGAACCAGAACCAUCUGGACCCAUAUUAGUGACUGUGCCUUACUCGGGUAGAGAGUUGGCAUGCAGUGCCAUGCCUCAAA